AUGGAAUAUAUUGAGCUGCUCGAUCUCGAGACCAAUCUUAGCCUUGGAAAGGAUGGGAAAGUUCCCCAGAUCGAAGCUAGAGCCAUUACUCGUCAAAUACUUGAGGGCUUGCAAAUCAUGCAUGCAGAAUCCUUUGCCCAUCGUGAUCUCAAACCGCAGAACAUCAUGGUUGUCCGAGGCCCACCUUGUUGGCGGGUGAAACUGGCCGACUUCGGACUGAGCAAGAGAUUGACCGACGGCUCAACGUACAAUAGCAGAAUCGGCACUCAAGCAUACAUGGCGCCAGAAGUUUACGGCUACGACAACCCGCAUUCGUCAAGCAUAGCCUACACCAACGCCGUCGACUUGUGGGCCGUGGGAUGCAUCGUCUACCGGCUGGUCACCGGUACAGUUCCCUUCCAAACCGGAGAGCUGCGCCGCGUUUGCGAAAACGAGUCAAAAUGCCCAUCCGAGACUCUUGGCAAGGAGGUUGGAGAGACCUGUACCGGGUUUAUCCGGUUGCUGCUUUCGAAGGAUCCACGCGAUCGACCCUCUGCAGCAGGUGCACUGAAAAAUACUUGGAUCACGGCAGGUCCGGUCCCAGAAAUGACUUCCUGCACGAGCUCCGAGGGGGCCAGUCCUGAAGAAUAUUAUCGCAAGCUGUUUGAGCCUCAGCUUGCACGUGCAAAGGCCUGCAUGCAGGAUCAGCGGCACACGGAUGCGAUCAACAUUUUGGAGCCUGUGGUUGAGGCACAAAAGGACACCCUCGAGGAGAAGGACAAGGUUCGGUUGGGAGCUGAAAUGUACCUUGCAAUUUCCUACAUUGCCGCUGACAGGCGAGUCAGAAAUGCGAUCGACAUUCUUGAGCCCGUGGUCAAGGUGCUGCGGGAAAACUUCGAGAAGUACGAGGAUCGAGAGACAUGUGAAUCGCAACUUGCCAUUGCCUAUAUCCAAGAGAAGCAGCCGGCGCACGCCAUCCAGAUCCUUGAACGUCUGGUUGCGCCCCAGAAGGGGACCAAGGAGAAAGACAAACCUCGACUGUCAUACCACUUUCAACUUGGAAUAGCCUACCUUCAGAAUAAUCAAAUCGAAGAAGCAAUCACAGCACUCGAGCACGUGGUGGCAGUACAAAAGGAGAUUCUUAAUGAGGAGGAACUGGUUCGAUUGGUACCGGAAUUAUGGCUUGCAAGGGCCUAUCUCAGCAAUUCGAAUGUCGAGGGCGCAGUCAAGUUGUUUGAGCAUUUGGUGGAGGUGACUGAAAGGAUUCUUCCUCAGGCAGACGAACUUCGACUAUCAGGUGAGCAAGGACUUGGAGUGGCCUAUCACAAUGCUGGGCGGUAUAGGGAUGCGGUCAAGGUACUUGAGCGCGUGGUUGCGGUACAGAGGGAGAUUUUUGAUGAGACGGACCCAACUCGACUCGAAUUCGAGGACUUGCUCGCGACUGCCUACCAGAGUCGUCAGCGGCCCGAGGAGGCAAUUAAGUUGGCGGCUUUCUUUUACUAG